AUGUUCUUUCUUGCUUUAAAAUAUAACCUAAACGCAUAAUUUUGAGGGAAAUAUUGAUGACAACCAAUUCGUCAGUUUUAUUUCCCACACGGACAAUAAUAAGAGGAGAACAAGCAUGGCGACGUCUCUGCUCCGGUUAGGACGGCUCGGAUCUGUCAAGCGUCUCCUGCGUGAAGGCUGGAGCACACCUCGGACCCCGUUGGUUGCAGCUCUCUGCACUGAAGGGGAUGUCCCACCCAAAACAGCAAAGGCUUCAGUGAAGACCAUAGAGGCCGAUGAGAGGGCUUCUCUUCUAGCCUACAAGCCCGCAGUUACCUUCCCUUCUAAGCUGUCUGCCACAGGAUUUCUUCCCAAAGACAUAGCUUUAGGUGAGUCUGAAACCAUUGAGGCUGUGUCCACCGCCGCUGCAAAUGAGACGACAGCCGGCAGUCUAGACGCUGAUGCGGCAGCAGCUGAAGAGAUCACUGAAGUCCCACCUACUAAUGAAGUCACUACAGGAAGUGAAGCAAGUAAGGCCUCAGAUGUUGAGGCAGAAGGACAGAAAGAUGAAGACGAUAGCUCUUCUUCAUCCUCAUCCUCCAGUGAUUCCGAUUCAGACUCUGAUUCUGAUGAUGAGAAGCCAGAGACUGAAACACCGGUAGAGUCUGGAGAGAAAGCAGCACAGAAGAAAUCUCCAGGACUGACGAUUGAAGUAGAUGUUGCAGAUGAGGAAGCAAAGCCUGGCUCUGCCUCAUUUGGAGAAGCUCAAGAAAAUGCUGAAACUGUGACUGAAGCAAAACCAGAAGAGGUUCCUGCACCAAGUGCUAAACCAGACGGAUCAGAUGAGACCCUUAUUGAUCCUGCCCCGAUAUUAUCUUCCUCCACACCUGAAGCAAUUCCAGAAGUGUCCAGUGAAUCAAUUACAGCCGACACUCCUGACAAGACAUCGGACACCGCAACAGAAGUUAAAAUGGCUUCUGCGGAGGAGAUUGUUGUUGAAAAGGAACCAGAAAUCAAAGCUGAAGAUGCUGUCGAAGUUGCUGCAGAAGUUGUCCCAGAAGUCCCUACAGAAGCCAGUCCUGAAGAAGUAGUAAAAACUGCAGUUGAAGCUAGUCCUGGAGUAGCUCCCGAGGCGCCUGGAGAUGCAGCAGCUAAACCUGAACCCAAAGCUGAGGCGGGAACGCCGGUAGCUCCUUCAGAAGAGCUGGUCGACCCUGCACCCGUGGCCGCUGAUGCUGUAGAGGCUCGGGAUGAGACCAGCGUUGUGGAGACACCUGAGGGAACAAGCCCCGGAGCCAGAGCCUGAACCCUUUGACGACACCACGUACAAGAACCUGCAGCACCACCACUACAACAUGUACACCUUUGCUGAUGUGGAUGUAGCGCUGUCUAAAUACCGUCUGCCCCAGCCUUCCUCAGGCCGAGUCUCACCCGGACCCUGAGCCUGUGGUAUUGCUACCUUUGUGCACAACCCUGUUUCUACCCAAUGUUUAUUAUUCCUCAGAUGAUUUACUGGCAAAUCGCAAGCUUUAUGCUAGAAUUCUAUAAUUAUGGAAUUAAACUGAUUUAACUUCAA